CUUGUUCUUUGGUGUUCGGGGCUAAAAGCUAAUAAAGCUCAUACCAAGCACUUGGUCUUCGUCCUUGCGCUUGUUCACUCCUUACAACGAGUGGCGCCCAGACUUCGGUCUCUAGUUUGGCCCAUGGCAUCGCUGCGUUUGCCUCCAGUGUCCCAGCCAAGGCUCAAAUGUCGUCUCCUAAACCGUCACCCACCCCGUCAAUGCGCGCACCCAUGGCCACGGCAGCGCAUUCGAUCACUUCAUCUGGCCAGGAAGCAGGGCCCAUAGCGUUUGCCUUGCAAGCGCUCUCCAACUCGGCGCACACAUCCAAUUUCAGCGGAUCGACCCUGGGCAACGGCCAAUAUGCAACCCAGACAUCAAGUUUACCAACGGCGCAGGCACAGGCACUGCAGCUCCAAUUGAAACAGCUUCAGCUCCAGUUCCAGCUCCAAAACCAGCUCCAGGCGAACGGAUCGGCACUCAACCCCUCGAUACUUCAGCUGCAGUCCUCGGUAGCACCGCAGGCUCACCCAAGCUUGCAAAACACCACCUCCAGUCUCUUUGCCCAAUUCAAAACCCAGGCGCAAGCGCAUGCACAUGCUCAAGCCCAAGUCCAUGGGCAAACGCAAGCCCAGGUCCAAGCACAGGCCUUGCAGUUGGUCGGAGAAGAGGCAGCCGUCGGGACCCCAUCCCCGGCGGUUGUUCAGGCUACACAGUUACAUUCGACCGUCAACUUUGAAGGCCUCAGCUGCAACGAUACUUGGACAACGACGACGACGACGACGGCGGCGGCCACUAUCCUGCCGGGCGAUCCUGGGGCCGAUGACUUGCUGCAGAUGCCGACGGGAAUUGGCGCUGACCGAGCCAUUGUUUUUGUUUCUUUGCGGUGGCGAAUGAUGCUGCAUGCUCGAUACGCCUGCUUGUAA